GAGCGAGAGGGCGGGAACAGAGAGCGCAGCGCAGUGUGGCGAGCAGCGGAUCUGUCAGCGGCGGACUCGGUGUUGUCGUCCGGUACCGAGCAGCCACAGCUGUGAUUAUGAUUGGACAUAAUGGAGAGAAAUGGACGGAACACGGACUGAGAUUACUGAGUACUUCUACAGAGAUUUGGACUGGACGUAAAGAUGCCACGGCGUUUUAAUCCCGCUGCAGAUCUCACGCAGUGACGUUACGGGAAUCUUUGUCAUCCCGGACUAAAGAGAGACCAGGGGGCCCGAGAUUACACGGGGCUGCGCUAGCUCAGUUAGCAUUUAGCUUGCUGUGAAAUACCAACAGUCUCUUUUUGUAUCCAGGCUCGUAACGGCUAAUGCAGCGUUAUAAGCUGCAUAUGACGCGUAGGCAGUGACGGUGACUUUAAACAAGCAUCGUGUCUGCUGUGGCGACGUUAGCACAGCGGUGAGAGCUAAGCUAGCUGGCUAGCUCUCUAGCUUGUUGUUCCCCUGCUAACGCAGCUUCUUUAGUUCAUGAACAAACAGACUUUCACAUUUUAAUUGUGUUUGCUUAUUAUAAAACAUAUCUCAGCAGGAGGGGGGAGGGGUCACUCAUAACAUUUACAGCGUGGUAUUAGCUCCGUAUUAUUUUUCUUAUAAUUAGACAAUAAGCAUGUUUUAUCCCGUCCACUCACAACUUCAGAUUAAUCUGUGACUGUCUCAUUAAUCUGUGUUAAUCUGCAGAGAGAGUCUCAGACUGUGGUUACACCUAUUUAUAGCCUGUCACUUAUCAGUGUGCACCAGCUGUUUCCAGGAGCUAAACUUAUUUUUUCCUCCCACUUGUGACCAAACUAUUUUUCUGAUCUGUACCUGCAGCAGAAAGUUUUGUGUUUUUCAGAUUUCACAUUUUUAAACAGAGACUUGUUGUUGGCCUGAAAACUACUGUCUCGUGUCCAAUUUGGGAGACAGUCAAAGCUGCCAGGGGAAACAAGGACUUAAUGCUGGUGGAGAGUUCAUGGGAUAACAAACAUUGCCUUUGUUUUGGUCAAGUGAGUGUUCGGUCAGCCAUCCUUUUGUUGACGGGGGAGGUCUACAGUCACUCAUCUUCAGCAUCAGCCGCCCCUGGGCUCAGAUGUGAUGGGCAGCCAGGGCAGCCCAGUGAAAAGCUAUGACUACCUGCUCAAGUUCCUCCUGGUGGGAGACAGCGAUGUGGGCAAAGGGGAGAUCCUGGACAGCCUGCAGGAUGGAUCGGCCGAGUCCCCGUACGCUUACAGUAGUGGUAUCGACUAUAAAACCACCACCAUCCUUCUGGACGGGCGGAGAGUGAAGCUGGAGCUUUGGGACACCUCAGGUCAGGGGAGGUUCUGCACCAUCUUUCGCUCGUAUUCCCGCGGGGCUCAGGGGAUCCUGCUCGUGUACGACAUCACCAACCGCUGGUCCUUCGAUGGAAUUGACAGGUGGAUCAGAGAGAUUGAUGAGCAUGCUCCAGGCGUGCCUCGAAUCCUCGUUGGUAACCGCCUACAUCUGGCCUUCAAACGCCAAGUUCCCACUGAGCAGGCGAGGGCGUACGCCGAGAAGAACGGCAUGACCUUCUUCGAGGUGAGCCCUCUGUGCAACUUCAACGUCAUUGAGUCCUUCACGGAGCUGUCGCGGAUCGUCCUGAUGAGGCACGGCAUGGAGAAGUUCUGGAGGCCCAACAGAGUGUUCAGCCUCCAGGACCUCUGCUGUAGAGCCAUCGUGUCGUGCACGCCGGUCCACCUCAUCGAUAAGCUCCCACUGCCUGUUGCCAUCAAAUCCCACCUCAAGUCCUUCUCCAUGGCCAAUGGCAUGAACGCCGUCAUGAUGCACGGACGCUCGUACUCGCUGGCAAACCCAGCCGGCGGCUCCAAAGGCAACAGCUUGAAGCGCUCCAAGUCCAUCCGUCCGCCGCAGAGCCCGCCGCAGAACUGCACCCGCAACAACUGUAAGAUCUCCUAAUGAACGGCUUCCUCGAGGGGAAGGCGAAGACGAGGAGUGAUCGUCAGCAUGGGAUCAGGAGACGGAUGUACAGGAUGUUAGAUGGAGAAAAAGAGCACAUCCCUCAACCUGAGGAGCAGGAAGGAUGGAUGAAGUGAUGAAUGAGUGCUACCUCUCACCUUCAGGAGGCCGUGUUAAUACUUUCCAGGUGGAGGGAGCUCGAUCGGUGCCUCAAAUAUCAGAGAACGACUACAAACAUUUUGGUCUCCACAGACGUGAUUCUCACCACUACCAACCGCUGAAAGGAGACAGAGACUCCAGACUCACUCCUGUCUGUGGGAGUGUUAACUACAUGUACAGAAAUCUCACCAACUCAAACAUAUUUAGUUACUCCACAUGAUGCACGCCACUUAGUGUGUGUGCGUCACAGAAAUCACCUCAAGAUCAGUUCUUCACGUUCUUCUUUCUUCUGUCUGUCUGCUCUGAAUUCCUCCUUUCUCUGUCACACCUCAGUUUAAUUUUAAUGACCAAUAAGCUAACGAACGAGACACUAGUAACCGUCGUUUGUCCUCAGCUGGCUCUCAGUUUAUUUCAUGUUUAUUUGAUCCACAAACACUCGCUGAAGGUGGUGACACGAUGAGUGAACGUUCAGGUCCAAGUGUAGACUAACCUGACCCCCAUCCCUGAACCUGAACUUGGUCUCUGGUCCAGAUGUGUUAGUGUGCCUUUAGUCUGAGGUUAACGAAGUGUCAGCAUGAACGAACACAUGCUGCAUUCUUAACGAGUCACUUCACCUGCAGCAAAUUUUCUUAAAGCACAAAAACACCCAGUGACGAAGUCGAACGUCCCAAAACCAGUUCACACCUCAGAGAUUCAGGUUUUCUGUCUAUGAUGUGUGUUGUCAUGGAUACCACUCAACACACCUACAUAUAUUUAAGGACUGAAAUGUUUCAACCAGAGCUGCAACGAUCGGUCGAUUAAUCGAUUAGUUGUCAACUUUUAAAUUAAUCACUGACUAUUCUGAUAAAAAUGUUUGAAAUAUUUCCUUUCGUCCUCUGUGACAGUAAACUGAAUCUCUUUGGGUUGUGGACACGUCAGGACGUUCGACGACGUCACCCUGAGCUAAUCGGUCGACAACGAACGAUUAGAUUAAUCAAUAAUGAAAAUAAUCCAGUUUGAGCGAGCUGCUUUUUGGACGGCGAUGUUCUUUAUUUCUCAUGUUGACGUUUCCUUUUGGCCCGAGAGCUUCUGGGAGUUGUAGUGUGCAGAUGAGAUGAUUUAUUUCUGCUAAAUGUGUAGAGACUCGGCUCUUCGUGUUUUCACCUGAACACACCGCCAGGCUGGUUGUAUAUCACAUGUUCACAGUGCACUGCUCACUCAGUGAUACUCCGCUCAGAGUGUGUGCUUUGAGUUUCCUGUCUGCGCCGUGUGAUCCAGAUCAUCUCUAUAAAUAUGAAGUAAACAUGGAAGAAACUGUUUCACUCUUGUCUGACUGUUGACAGGAUUAUUUGAUAAUUAAACUAAUUAAUAAUGCAGAUGCGGAUGGACAGAAGGGCACAUGAAAAUCAAAACUACAAACUUUCUGGUGGAGUAUCACUUUAACGAUCUUGUGCCAAAUCUUUAAUGCAGUAAAUUUCUUCCACGUUUUAGAUCAACCUGUUUUCUCAGAGCUCCAUGCAUGGUAUGCUCUGAUGUGUUUCCCAUACGUUGGUUUCAGUGUUAGACGUGGAGGGAGCGUGAACCUGAAGGCAGCAGGAGCUCAGGUUUUCGUAGCUCCGUCAGUUGAUGGAGCCUGAUGGGUGUGAACAGAAAGCAGUCAGAGUAGCUGAACAGGUUCAGGUAACGUGUUGAUAGUAAACAGUGACCCAUGUUUUUAUCCGUUUUCUCUGUCACAUGACCAGCUCCUCUUUUCCCACAGUGUUAAAGGCUCAGUUCAGAUUCGUUGGUGUGGUUGUAUGACGUCCUCAGUUUGUAGGACCGGCAUGAAGCUAAACAAAGUCCUGCUGUGGAUGGAGGUAGCAACAAACACCUAAAACUUCAUCAUCAGUCUACGUGUGCGCUAGAUUUAGAAUAUUUUCACUGCAGUUUGGAUCUGAACAUCAGUUAAUCACACAGUGAUACAAACCAACUGAUCAAGGCAUCGGAAAAGGCCGCGUGACAGCGAGGUGAAGCGGUGAAAGUAUUCUGAACCAAGCGACUUUAAUGAAUCCAAACUAACUCGAUCAUUUAAAGGACCAAACCCGUGUUUCUGUAGGUUGAUGUGUCUCAUCAGUGACGGUGAACAUUUGAGAUUUUCAAGCAAAAACACUAAACUCCUCGUUAGUAUUGUGUUAAUUGUCUCUUUUCAUAGGAUUCAGUGACAGUAGGAACCUUUUGUCAUCCAACCGUGAUUAUGAGAAAACAGACGUUAAGAUAUCAGCAGCCACGUUCCUCCUCAUGUUCUCACUGCAUGCUGCGUUCAGGUCCGGUGGAGUCCAAACUCUGACUGGAUCUCCUGCAGGAUUUAAAUGCAGCAGGUCUCUCUGUCUCUGUCUCUCUGUCUCUCUCUGUCUCUCUCUCUCUCUCUCUCUCUCUCUGAUCUGCGCCACCGCCUCCGCAUGCCGUCCCAUGAUUCAUAGGUGCUGAAUAAUAGAUGUUCUUUUCAUAGAUCUCUGGAGGGCUUCAUCAGAACGCCCUGGCUUCGUCUCUCCUCGCUGCUCUUUCAUCCUCUCCUCCUCCACAGGAGGCUCAGCGUGGUUUGUUUCUUCAUCUUCCCCAGUCGUCCUUUCUCCCUCUCUCAUUUAUCUUCUCCUCAGGUGUUCAGCAGGUUUUCCCUCCUGACCCUGAUCCUGUCCACUGAGCCGAGUGUCGUCUUGGUGUGUCGUCGCUCCUCUCUCUGUCGUAUCUCAGGGAGUCGUCUUUGCCUGCACGCUUUAUGAGAUGUCUGGACUCAGGCGGUGAAGCCUCGUGCUGAUUUCCACUGAUCCAGUGUCAGAUUACUGCAGCACAGAGCGAUCUUUGAACUUAAUUUAUUACAAACCUUUUGUACUUUCUGUCUCCACCUUCGGCUUUGUGGCCUGAAACAUCUCAGCAACUGUUGGAUGGAUGCCACAAGUCUCAGGAUGAAUUCAAACUGUUUUAUUGAUCCUCUGACUUAGUCUAACACGUCAGUGUCCCUCCACUGAUACACCUCCAUCAAUGUGAGGUCGAUUUGCCAAGUCGAUUUCAUCUGAAGUUAGAGUUAGGGUUAGAGUCUGUAGAAACUCGGGUUUGGUCCUUUGAAGGAGGGAAGAAAUGAAGUUGUGUACCUGACAGUCGCUGAUACACACACACAGUUUGUGUUUUGCUUUGUCACAUCAGUGUUUUUGGAAAGUCGGAGCCUCGAGCUCGGCGCCCACAUCAGAAGAGGUUUUCCUCUCUGUGACUUUUAACGUUGCUGCUGCCUCAGAGCGUCAUCAUCGUCGCUUUGGUGUUAUGUGAUAACACCGACGUUUCCUCCAUGUUUUGGCUUCUCCGUCUCUUAGUUCACGUGCCGACUCCCUCAGUGUUCGUCGACCCUUUGCAGAGUUUGAGUUUCCAUUUUGGACGUUUUUUUUAAAAAAGGUGGAAAUGUUUGUGGAGGAUUGUGGGAGAUUCAGGGACGGCCUCUGGUGUCGUGGAAGUGUUUGUAAAAAGAUGAAUGAAAAAAAAAACCACCUGUAAAACACUAUUCUGCUUUUUGGCUGAAGCUGCUGAGUAAUCUGAAGAGUGUGUGUGUGUGUGUGUGUGUGUGUGUGUGUGUGUGUGUGUGUGUGUGUGUGUGUGUGUGUGUGUGUGAGAACGUUCUUCAAACAAGCUGAACAUUUUUCUUUUCUUUUUUUAAAUUAUUGAUUGUACAGUUUCAAGGCAAGGGUAUGAAGAGAUCGACUUUUUCACAAUAAAACUAUUGAAUGUUGGAGUCAACCAA